AUGCCACAUAAGCUUUCUUUUAGUGGUUUGGCCUGGGCCACCAUCGAAAGCUCUCUCCAUGAUGCGUUAUCUUCCUUCGGCAAGGUCCUCGAAUCAAAGACCGGGAAAUCCAGAGGUUUUGGUUUCGUUACCUUCAAGGACGAGCAACCAAUGAGUGAUGCUAUCGAGGGGAUGAACGGCCAGUCCCUUGAUGGGCAUAACAUAACAGUUAACGAGGCUCAGUCUUGCGGAAGCGGCGGCCGCGGUGGCUGUUUCCAUGGUGGACGUUGUGAGGGUGGCGGCAAUGGGGGCUAUAGCCGCAGGGAUGGUGGUUAUGGCAGCGAUGGCUACAGCAGAGAUAAGCGGUACUCUAGGGCAGGCGAUGGUGGAAUCUGGAGGAGCUAA